AUGAGCCAUGUCUCCGGGCCUGACGCCGUAUCCAGUCUCCUGACGCUCGUCGUCACCACGUCGCCAACGCCUUCCGCCCCCUCGACCGGGCUACUUUGUGGGGUACUCGAGUCGUUUCAAACGCACUGUAAUGCGCUGCUCCAAUGCAACGUGAUUGUCGUGUUUGAUACAUAUGAUUACAUUGCGACGACUCCGCGAUUGAAAAAGGGCCAAGUCACCCCAGAAACAGCCGAGAGAUACAGCACCUACAAGGACAAUGUCAAGACACUGUUCCUGGAGACCUUUGACAAGAGCGCCGACGGCCCGACGCCACUGAUAGAGACGGCCGGUGAGGCCGAGUAUGGCUCGCCAAACCUUACCACACCUGUGCCAUUCACCAUUUCCUCCACGGCAGACGGGCAUGUGCAGUUCAUCGAAGCCCAAGACCGGCGUCUCGGCUUCGGCCUCGGCGUGCGCAGCGCCCUUCGCAUCGUGCAGACGCCCUAUGUCUGGAUUCACCAGCACGACUGGCGACUCAUCUACGACAUACCCGUCGCCGCGCUCCUCGGCGCCAUGCAAGCCUCGACCGAGGGCGGUGACGACGACGACGCCGCCGCCGCCGCCGCGCCCAUCCAGUACAUCUGCCUGCCCUCGGGCCGCCGGUCCUCGUACGCCACGUCGGAGCAAGUCCUGCCGUACCCAGCGCUGCGCGACGUCUCGCGCGCCCUCACCGGUGCAUACGCGGGCGGGCCCGGCCAGCCCUCCGUGCCGCUGACGCCCAUGUUCUUCUGGCACGACAAGCCGCACCUGGCCGCGACGGCGCACUACCUGACCCGCGUCUUUCCCUCGCGGCUGGCCAUGAUGCGCGGCGCCUUCAUCGAGGACUCGGUCGGCCAGCAGGCCCGCAACCAGAUGAAGGAAGGGCAGUGGCGCAAGUGGGCCACGUGGCUGUACAAUCCCGACGGCGGCAUGAGCUGGUGCCUGCGGCAUCUGCACGGGCGGACGUGGAGGGGCGAGGAGGAGGAGGAGCGGAGGAAGAGUCUGGCGGUGCUUCGCGGACGGGGGAAGAAAGAGGAGGGCCCGUGA